AUGGCAGAGCAAAUGGAAUACAUAGUACCGCCAUGGGAAAUUGAAGCUUAUGUAGAAAGCUUGAAUAUUUCGGAGCUCGAAAAUGUCGGUACAAAAAGUUGGUUGGAUUUCCACAAAAAAUUGACGUUGCUAAAUCAGCAGAAUGUGCUCGAGAUAACAGGGCUACAUGAGGAGAGUGUCAUGGAAUGGUUUAUUUCGUUAAAGAAAAUUCCCAUUCUUGUGUAUGAAGCUAUACAAAUCGACAUAUGGAAGCACAAGGUGUUUCCACUUUUGAUAGAUUUUAAUGGGGAGCCAACAAAUACAUUUAUGCUAUUCAGUAUAUUCUAUCACGAAGUUAUCGCGGUUUCAUUAUUGGAAAAUAUAUUGUUUCAUUGCGAAAGCGCGCAAACAUUGGAUGACACGGUGAUAGAUCUCAUCGAUUACACUGUUCAACACAUAACAACACUUCUUGAUGGAAAAACUUUAGAAGUAUAUGAAAUCAAAAACGCUGACUCUUGCUUGGAAGAAAUAGUAGAGAAGCAAAGGGCAUUCGAGUUUGACAUUGGGAUGCGGUGUAUCUCAAUUCUUCAUUAUUUAAUAGAAAUUUUGGAUAACUUACCUCUUUGCGCAAUUUCGCGCAUGCUAGCUAUACACGACGUUCCAUAUUUAUUUGCACAGCUGAUAGAAAAUCAACCAUGGAAGAAGCAAAACGAGGAUGAUGAGGUGUUGAUGUAUGAAGGCAGCUGGAGGAAAAUUAAACCGAGUGAAAGUGGAAAAAUUAAUAAAAGGGAGGGACAAGUAUGGUUUGGCUUGCGAGAAUUACUUCUUAAUCCAAAAUGUUCUCCAUACUAUGAAAUCACAGAGCACAGGUUGUCCCAGCUAUCAAAGCUACAGAAACAUUUGCAUGACGAUAUACUCGAUCAAAUUGCACCUUUGAUAGAGCUUAAGAGAUGGUUAGCUUACUUAAAUAUAUCGCCGGCGAUGCCAUCUUCGAAUUCAACUUGCCCGGUUCGCGUGGAAGUUAUGCCGCAGAUAAAGUCAAGUAUUCUGGAAAAAUAUCAUAAAAAAUGGAAGAAACUGGCUAGGCAUCAAUCGAAGUACUUAUUUACAACAGAUACAAGUUACAUUAAAGAGGCCGCACAAAUUUUAAGUGAUGUCUAUGAUUUGGAGAAGUUAGACCGUAUAGAAACGAAAAAAUGUUCGUUAUGUCAAGAACCGUCUAAGAAACGAUGUUCCAAAUGCAAGGAAGUUUGGUAUUGUAGCAGAGAGUGUCAAGUGAAAGACUGGGAAAAUCACAAGAAUACUUGCGAUACAAUAACAAAAACUAGACAGUGAUAAUACAUUUCUUAAUAGUUAAGAAUAUAUGUAUUCAUCAAUACAUUUAAAAAUAUAUUAUAUCUUAUCUUUUUAAUUAUAAUGAAAUAUUAUACAGUUAUGAACACAAAGAUUGCAACGCUUUUUUCAAUGAGGACAUUCUCACAAUUUUCGCGCAUUUUGAAAUUAUUGGAAAAGAACAGUUGCAAUCUUUGUAUUCAUAAUAUAUUUUAACUUUAAUUUAACGAAAAUUUUAAGAAAUGUUUGGAACAAACGUAUUUGUGUAAUUUAUGUCAAAUAUUUUAUUAAAAGUUAUUAAUGUACAGCGCUUUGUUUAAGAUAUUCCAUUAGAACAUCCUUAGCAGGUGUAUCUUCACCAAAAUCCUAUAAAUAAUAAAUGUUAAUUCAAUAAUGGAAUAAUAACGAUACAGAUAAAAAUAUUAAUAAAAUCACAUCAGCAAGGCAUAAUUACAGCAUGAUUUGUUUAUAAUAUGGGUUCUACUCAGUAGAGGGAGCCUAAAUAUCAUCAUGUAUUGUUUUAUAAUACAUACAUAUUGUAAAUCAUG